AUGAGCCUACAUUCUACCUCUGCACCGUCCUUUGUGGGCACCCCUCUCAAUGAAUCGCGGCCUCUGGUCUACGCCAUCUGGAAGAGGAACUUCUUGUCCCAAGCUAUCAUCCGCAAUGUCGUGGGGUAUUUCACCGAGCCAAACCACGAUCCCUAUGGGAUCCAUCGCGAGGCGAUCAAGAUCGGCAAGGAACCGAUCGUGCGGCCCGACAUCAAGGUAUACAUGUCAGCCAUCUUGGCUAAAUCGAUGGACCGCAAGUCGGCCAAGGCUUUUGCCGCUCAGCGCUUUUUUGCGCACACCCUUUUGGUGUCCGGUAUGUCGACCAACCUCCGGCAUCUGUACCCAAAAACUACGUGUCUCAACACGCUCUUUGAGCUGCUGAAAACUCGUUUCGAGUCAAAUGCCAUGGACAACAACCCCACCGUGAUUGCUACUCACCUACCGAAUCUCAAGUUCACCGAGGACAGUUGUAUCGACACCCUCGCCGUGGAACUCAACGACCUCGUGAAGCGUUAUCGUGGGCCUAUGACGAUGCCCACCUUUAAUCCUUUGGAUGCGUAUGCGAUCUCGUCUAUCGACUAUGACACCUACAUUUGGACCUAUCACACUCUGUGUGCCAUGUCCGACGCGUUUAUUGUGGAAAAGAACCUCUCUGGGAAGUCAUCUAGAACUGUGUUUCGACUGCCCGAGCUGCCGGGCGCCCAUCGUUGUUGA